UUCCGCGAGCACACACCCUUACGCGACGUGUCACAGUGCCGUCACGUAGCGAGCACUUGCAAUUCUGUCAGUACAGCAGGGGCCAAGAUGCCAGGGUUGGGUGUUUGUUCCCUUGCAGGUUAUUAAAGGCUCUCGUAAAGAGCAUUGUAGGUGGCCCCUGAGUGGAGUGUCUGGAUGUCGAACUACUUCACCACAUGUGCUCCAGAAAGAUACCUACCUGCGCCAACGCUGUCCGUAUGCGUGAACUGGCCGCCUGCACCCCCUGCGCCGUUGCCUCUGGUCUGCGUCUGCGGCAAGGAGGGGACGCACGGAGGGCAAGUCUCAGCCAAGUCAUAUUUGUCCUUGCUUGUUGCCAAUCGCGGCCAGACCCAGCUAACUUUUGUUCUGUGGUUGCCCUCUCCACGGCCAAGGCGCUUCUUCUGCCCACCCGCAGCCAGGCCUGCAGCAGCAAUCAUAAAGCAGCAGGGAUAAGCCAUCUGACUCGGGCGUUCAGGUUUGGCUGUACCAGCCGGCGCGGGGUGUGAUCUCGGUUCCGGCUGCUCUCACUACCGCAUUGUCGCAAUGGUUCGCAAGCGUGAAGUCCGUUUAGGCAUCACUGCCGAACCCAACCAGGAGGUUCUUCAAUGCAGAUUAUCAUGAAACUGAA